CUGCCAAGAGGGUAAAACAAGGCGUCUCUCUCCGCGCCCACCGCACACAGGGCGGGCGAAAAAAGACUCGCUAAGGCCGCUUCGCACUGCCGAGGCCCUGACUAAGAAAAGGCGGUCGAGCAGCCAUUGGCUUGGAUAAAGGGGCUGUGGCUUUUCUCCCCCCUUCUGGUUGGAGAAGGUGGGAGAGCGUCGGCCGGGCGAUUGGCCGCCUCGUCUCGUGAAGGCGGGCGUAGAAUCCGAUCCGAGCGCCGCGAUUGGGAGGGAGGAACGCUAACCGGAGGGUAUAAGAAAGCGACGUACGAGGGGGCUGCGGCUGAGGUCGCGCAAGCGCGCCGAGUGUGAGGUUUAAGGUUGGUGCGCGCUGCGGCGGCAGAGGUAAUUCCGAGGCGAGAAGGAACAUGGCGGUGCAGAAGGCUGUUUGCGUCAUGGCCGGCGACUCCCCCGUCAAAGGCGUCAUUUUCUUCGAGCAGAAGGGUAGUGGACCUGUAACUCUUUCAGGAAGUAUUAGUGGGUUGACUCCAGGAAAACAUGGGUUCCACGUCCAUGAAUUUGGAGACAACACAAACGGAUGUACCAGUGCAGGCCCUCACUUCAAUCCUGAGGGGAAAACUCAUGGUGGACCAGAAGAUGAAGAAAGGCAUGUUGGUGAUCUUGGAAAUGUGACUGCAGAUGGUUCAGGUGUAGCAACAAUAUCAAUACAGGACCAAAUUAUUUCUCUCUCGGGGCCACAUUGCAUUAUCGGACGUACUAUGGUGGUUCAUGAAAAAGUUGAUGAUCUGGGCAGAGGAGGAAAUGAAGAGAGCAAGAAAACUGGAAAUGCUGGUGCUCGUCUAGCUUGUGGUGUGAUUGGACUGGCCAAGGCUUAAGAUCUUUGACAGUGGCACUGUAUACCAAAACCUACGUGCAGAAUGUAAAUGUACCUAUAGAACUAGCAAUUAUUUGGCUUUGUUUAGGAUAAAAAGCAACUGUUUAAUCUUACGGCUCUGUUAAUUGGGGUUUAAACCAAUAAGUUGUCUUAUUUUGUAUACCUUGUAAUUAAAGUGGCAGUAGAAUAUUAGUUCAAGAAUUUUUGCUGUGAUGGAGACCAGGCACCACCAGUUCACUUUGACAGAGGUGGUAAAGUCCUCUGCUGAUUUCAUCAUCUAAUCGCAUCUGGACAACUGAAAUUACCUGAUGGUGGGGUAAACAAGCUAGCUUGAGAGAACUCUAGUCCUGAAUGCUUUACUCUAAAUAUGGUAUAAAUCUAGUGAGUUCUCGCAUCAGCGUUUCCAAUGGGGAGGGAUGACUUCUCAUUGAUUUCAGUACAUCAGAUAAGCUCCGUCAUUAAAUGAAAAAUUGCUUCUGAA